AUGGAAACAUUCAACUUACAUGGCUAUAAUGUUUCUCAAGCCCGCUCGCUUGCUGCUGAUAUUGUCCGGGGGUCCUCUGGAAGGGUGAGAAUCAUCACCGGUUGGGGACGACAUUCUUGGAGAGGCUAUUCUGUUAUCCGGGAAGCAGUGGAAGAAUACUUGAAGUCGCGACAUGUUGAGUAUAUUGCAGAGAAGGGUGCCUUUAUUGUGAACUGCGGUGCUCGGUCAUGGUCUGGGUAG